AAACACGUGAGGCCAUUUUCCGGCGCUGUAUUUCGGAUGUUGUGGUUUCGUUUUUUGGGGAAUCUGAUAAGUUCUCAUGUGACCUGUCAUUCUCAUAGACAUAAACAGUAUCAUCUAGUUAAAUGAAUUUAUCUGAUUAACGUAACUGCAUUAAAUACAGUAGAAAUAAUGUGCAUUUAUAUUAUGCAUAUUAACUCACGAAUUAAUGUUUGUUGUCAUAAAAACGCACGAGUGAUUUAAGGUCGUUGUUAUAUUUUGUGACGGGGUACGAUAAAGUAUGGAGAAGGUCCGAAGGAUUCUGGUUUAUUUGUCGAAGGAUAACGCCGCACCGCAGUGCGCACGAUUCGUGCAGAGCAUAACUGGACAUUUUGUAGGAGAUGUUGAGGACCAGGCGACAGUGAGCUGUUCCCUGGACAAUAACAGAUUUAUUUUAAGUGACCAGCUGUAUGGUGGAGGAAUCCCUCUGAAGAGGGCGCCAUUUUGCCCCAUCAAAUACCUGUCUCACUCUGAGGCAGACUCCCUGCCCCCAGAUACCCUCAAGCGCGGGGUAGACGUGGGCGUUGCCGUUCUGCUGCAGUCAGCCAAUCAGAGGCUGUUGCUAACGCGUCGCGCCUCCUGUCUUCGGAUCUUCCCCAAUGUUUGGGUUCCACCUGGUGGCCAUGUGGAGCUGGAUGAAAAGCUGCUGGAUGCAGGACUCAGAGAGCUACAAGAAGAGACCGGUCUGAAACUGAGUCCUGAUCAGAUCUCCACUCAGCUCCUUGGCUUGUGGGAGUCAGUGUAUCCACCUAUGUUGUCCAGAGGUUUGCCACAGAGACAUCACAUUGUGACCUACAUACUUCUGAAGAGCUCUCUGUCGCACCUGCAGCUUCAGGCCUGUUUGAAACCAGAUCCUGCUGAGGUUAGUGGUUGUGUCUGGGUUGAUGCUGGUCUGGUUAAAGCCAUAGUAUCUGCUGUGGACGGUGAGGAGGAUUCUGUACAAGUACCGGCUGACCUGCCAUGUACCAUCAGUGUAACGGAAGUGUCUAUACAUGGUGAUUUGGAAGAGACCUCGCAACCCGUUUCUGUGUUCUGUAACCGGGCUCCAGACCAUGGCGAGGAGAUAGAGCGAGUCAGUACCGGAACCAAAUAUGCCUUAGAGCUGUGGUUAAAAACGUUGGAGCCUCACACUGAGAUGGGCUGAUGGCUCCUGUCUCAUGCGAACAUUUACCCAGUGCCUUCAGAAGACUGGAGCUUUGUCAGCAGUGCACAGCCCUUUUCGUUCAUGUCUUAAAGGAAUAUUCCAUUUUCUUAAAAGA